AUGAGCGACCUGCAGCGGGCAUGGGCCAAAGCCAAAUAUGGUAUAUCCAACGAUUCAUUCGAUGAGCUCCAAGAGGAGCAGGAUCAAGACAUACUCCCUGAGCUGCCGGAGCCUGUUGACGAUGACUCCUCAUCAGCCUCGUCGGCCUCAUCAGUCUCAUCAACCGGAACCAUCAUCCCCUCGCCAAACCAAAAGCUGUUCGCUCGACCUCAAGGAGUCGCCCGUGGCAGGACCCUGGAGCAGAUCCCCUGGACGACUUACUUUGAGCGCGAAUUGUCCCUGAAGUCAGAGCAGGAUCCGGAAGUCAUCCACCAUGCUUAUCUGACAUCGCCAGUGGGCAAGGGGCCAUUAUUUGUGAUGCACCAUGGAGCUGGGUCAUCUGGACUGUCGUUUGCUGUUGUGGCUUCAGAGAUAAGAAAACGUCUCUCCACAGCCGGUAUCCUGGCUAUAGACUGCAGGGGUCACGGCUCGACGUAUGCCCCCGGCGACAAGGCUUUAGAUAUGAGACUGGAAACACUCUCAUCGGAUCUUUUCAACGUCGUUCAGCUUACGAAAACUGAAAUGGCAUGGUCAGAGAUGCCUCCGAUAGUGCUCGUGGGACACUCCCUAGGCGGAGCCGUUGUAACCGAUCUGGCCAAGUCAGGCAAGUUGGGGACAUCAGUGCUGGGCUAUGCUGUGCUGGAUGUUGUCGAGGGCUCUGCUAUUGAUGCCCUACAGAGCAUGCAUACCUACUUGUCUACGCGACCGAUGGGCUUUGCGACACUGCAGGCAGGCAUCGAAUGGCACAUUCGCUCGCGGACUAUACGCAACUCGAUAUCUGCUCGGACGUCCGUUCCUGCACUGCUUGUCUUCAACGAGAAUGACGAUCCCACGCGGCCAUGGAGAUGGAGGACCAACCUAGGCGCGACUCAGCCAUACUGGGAAGACUGGUUCGUAGGCCUCAGCAAAAAGUUCCUGGAGGCCAGAGGAGGAAAGAUGCUCUUGCUCGCCGGAACUGAUAGACUGGACACCGAGUUGACCAUUGGGCAAAUGCAAGGAAAAUACGCUCUGCAGGUGUUCCCCGAGGCUGGACACUUUAUCCAUGAAGAUUUACCGGAAAAGACGGCAGUGUCGCUGGUCGAUUUCUUCCGCAGAAACGACCGCAGUGCUCUCGUUCUACCUCCAAAGGUGUCCGAUCUUAUCAAGCAGGGAAAAAGAGUAUAA